AUGCUCCAGUACAGCGGCGGAGCCAGCGGCGGGUCGUCGUCGUCGACGGCAGCGUCCGGACUCGUGGCCUACAUCCGCAGCCUUCCGCCCAAGCCGGACAACACAUUGCGCCUCUUCUCUCGCAAAGACUACUGGACAGUGGCUGGCGAUGACGCCCUGUUUGUGGCCAUGGAGUACUACAAGACCAAAGCCGUCGUCCGCCACCUUGGCGGCGACGCCAGCUCGCCCGACGCCAUCCCUCACGUCUCCCUCUCGCGCGGCAUGUUCCAGGACACCGUCCGCGACCUGCUCAUGAACCGUAGGCUCAAGGUCGAGGUACAUGCCCGCCGGAGCGGUAAGUGGGCGCUGACCGACACGGCAUCGCCGGGCAACCUCAAGUGCUUUGAGGAUCUGGUGUUCAAGGCCGCCGGCGCCAGCGCCGAGGCCGGCGAAGCAUCGACGACCGCCGGUGCCAGCGCCAUCGUCGCCGUCAAGGUCACGUCAGGACCGGCAGGCUCGGCCAUUCUGGCGGCGGCCGCCGUCGACAUUGCCGCUCGCCGCCUCCGUCUCGCGGAAAUGCCGGAGAACGACCAGUUUACCAACUUUGAGGCGCUCCUCAUCCAAACCGGUGCCUCGGAAGUCAUUCUUCCGGCCAACCUCCCGCCGCAGACCUCCAAGCGGCUGCUUGGCAUCGCCCAAGCUGCUGGCGUCCUUGCCACCACCAAGUCGGCCUCGUCAUUCUCGGCCAACAGCAUCGAGCAGGACGUCCGCCGGCUCACCGGGCUUGACGCCGACAAGCCGCUCGCCGAGCUCGACGCGCGCGCCGCUGCCUCUGCUCUCGGUGCCCUCCUCAAGUACCUCGAGCUGCUGGACGACCCCUCGCUGUACGGCAAGUACAAGCUCUCGGCGCUCAACCUCGCCGAGUACAUGCGCCUCGACGCCGCUGCCCUUGCCGCCCUCCAUCUCUUCGAGACCGGGCCCGGCGCGUCGUCGGCCUCGACCGGCGGCGGCUCGCUCUUCUCGCUCCUCAACAGGUGCAAGACCCCGCAGGGCUCGCGCAAGCUCCACCAGUGGAUCAAGCAGCCGCUGCUGGACAUUGUCAAGAUCAACCGUCGCCUCGACCUUGUCGCCCUCUUUGUCGACGCAGUCGCCGUCCGCACCUCGCUCCACUCGGAGCUGCUCAAGACCGUCCCGGAUCUCUUCCGUCUCGCCUCCAAGUUCCUCAAGUCGCGCGCCUCGCUCGAGGACAUGGUCCGGCUCUACCAGGUCGCCGCCAAGCUCCCGGCCAUCGUCGAGACGCUCAACUCAUGGACGGGGCCGGGCGCGGAGCUCCUAGCCUCGGCCUUUGCCGUCCCGCUCGCCGAAGUCGCCACAGACCUCAAGCCCUUCCAGCAGCUCGUCGAGUCCACCAUCGACCUCGCCCGCGCAGACGCCCACGACUUUGUCAUCCUCCGCUCCGUCGACGCCCAGCUCGACAAGCUCGCCACCGCCCGCGAUGCCCUCAUCGCCCGCAUCGAGGCCAUUCACGGCGACGUCAACGCCCGCCUCGCUGCAAAGGCCAAGGCCAAGUCGUCCGCCGCUUUUGUCAAGCUCGAGGUCAACGACCAGCACGGCUACUACAUGCGCAUCGCCCGCUCCAAGGAGAAGAUCCUCCGCGGCGACGCCCGCUACACCACCCUCGAGACCCGCAAGGACGGUCUCUCCGCCUCGUACCGCACCACCGUCAAGGCCUACGCCGCCCAGCAGGCCGAGAUCGAAGCCAAGGUCCUCGGCAUCGGCGCCACCUACACCGCCGUGUUUGAGGACCUCAACGACAUCGUUGCCUCGCUCGACGUCCUCGUCGCCCUCGCAGAAGCCUCGCUCUCCGCGCCCAUCCCCUACAUCCGCCCCACCCUCGUUCCGCACGGCACCGCCGGCCUCUCGCUCAUCGACUCGCGCCACCCGUGCCUCGAGGCCAUGCCCGACAUUCAGUUUAUCCCCAACAACGUCGAGCUUGGCCCGCCCGGCGACAAGCGCCUCCUCCUCAUGACCGGGCCCAACAUGGGCGGCAAGUCGACGUACAUCCGCCAGGUCGGCGUCAUCGUCCUCAUGGCACAAAUCGGCUGCUUCGUCCCCGCAUCCUCCGCCACCAUCCCGCUCGUCGACUGCAUCCUCGCUCGCGUCGGCGCCGGCGACUCGCAGCUCCGCGGCGUCUCCACCUUUAUGGCAGAGAUGCUCGAGACCGCCUCCAUCCUCGCCACCGCCUCGCCGGCCUCGCUCAUCAUCAUCGACGAGCUCGGCCGCGGCACCUCGACCUACGACGGAUACGGCCUCGCCUACGCCAUCGCCGAGCACAUUGCCAAGGACCUCGGCUCGCUCUGCCUCUUUGCCACACACUUUCAUGAGCUCACCCAGCUCGAGUCGCUCCUCCCUAGGGCCGUCACCAACGUCCACGUCACUGCCCACACCGCAGACGAUGCCCUCACCCUCCUCUACAAGGUCCGCCCUGGCCCGUGCGACCGCUCCUUUGGCAUUCACGUCGCACGCCUCGCCCACUUUCCGCCGCGCGUCAUCAACAUGGCCAAGCGCAAGGCUGAAGCCCUCGAAGACUUUGACUCGAUGGCCGCGGGCCUCGAGUCGGGUGACUUGCCGGCGCCCAAGCGCGCAAAGAACCUUUCCGCAGACAUUGUCGCCGCCGGCGAAGCCGCCAUCAAGGACUUUCUCGCCGCAGCCAAGACCCAGCUGGCGGGCACGGUCCAGCUCGACGACGCCCUGGCCGCAGAGCUCUCCGAUGCCGACCGCUCCGCCCUCUCUCCGCUCAUUGCCAAGCUCCGCAACUCGUCCAACCCAUACGUCGUCUCGCUCCUCGACUCGUUUGCCGUGCAAAGCUGAGCUCAGCACGAUGCCGCGCUGGCGCCGGCGGUGUCGACAACGGUGUAGGCCGCAAGCUCCACCUCGCGCGCGCUCGCCUCCCACUGCAGCAUCCCGCCCAUAAACUCCAGCAGCC